CUCCAAGCGAAAAAAAUCCUAGAUUGCAUUUAUUCAUCCUAUUAGUAAUCUAAAUAUUUUGAUUUUCAGAAGAUCAUGGUCCUCAAUAUAUCUUACUGCCCACCUAAUGUAUCCAUUUGGGAUGUGUGGGUCAACCAUGGAACGUCGCAAUGCUUCAUGGAUAGCCUUACAUCUUCAGUUAUAGCAGGAUUCAUUCUCAUAGCUGGUUCCAUCCAGCUAUAUAUUUAUCGCAAAUAUGGAACUGAAGCGGCACCUAAUCAUCUGUCGAGAUCAAAGUUGUAUUAUGUGCAAAUAUGUUUGACGAUAUUUUUGCCUAUAUUAGAAAUAGUCAGAUUCACCUUGCAAGGAACAAUUUAUGAAGAUAAAAAUAUUUAUGGAUACAUGAUAGUUUCUUUAGUCCUAACGACGUUUGCCUAUCCAUUCUCAUUAUGGAUAAUAAAAGUAGAGAGGCAUUACCUUUUACCAUCAGUUCCUACGAAGGGUCAUGGGAUUGUCUUACUGAUAUUUUGGACAUUGACAUUCAUCUCCGAGAAUCUAGCCUUCUUGAAUCUAGGGCAGAAGAGUUGGUGGUUCGAAUUGAAAAAUUUGACUGACCAAAUGGAAAUGGCAUUGUUUGUGUUGAGAUAUGUGACAUGCCUUUUGAUAUUUUUAUUGGGUCUGAAAGCUCCAGGGAUCAUGCAAAAUAUUGAUUAUUUUAGUCUAAAUGAUCCACAAAGGAACUUUCCAUCUCAGGAAGCAAGUGACAAUCAGUCGACAUGGAAAAACUUCUGGAAGAAAGUAAAAAUCUUGUCUCCGUUUAUUUGGCCAAAGAAAGAUGUUUCUUUACAGUUCCGAGUUAUAUUUUGUUUCCUCCUAUUGGCAGGAGGAAGAGUGGUAAAUUUGUAUGUUCCUAUUUAUCAAAAACUCAUAGUUGACUCUAUGAGCGGCGAAGAGAGCAAAAUGGUAUUCCGAUGGGAUUGGGUGUUGACAUAUGUGGGUUUCAAAUUUUUGCAAGGUGGGGGAACCGGAGGAAUGGGAUUGCUGAAUAAUCUCAGAUCUUUUUUGUGGAUCAGAAUACAACAGUACACUACCAGAGAAGUAGAGGUCGAAUUGUUCAGGCAUUUACAUAGUUUGUCGUUGAGAUGGCAUCUCGGAAGGAAAACUGGUGAAGUUCUAAGAGUUAUGGAUAGAGGGACCGACAGUAUAAAUAAUUUAUUGAGUUACAUAAUCUUCUCAAUUUUCCCCACUAUAACUGAUAUUUUGAUAGCUGUGGUAUACUUCAUUGCUGCUUUUAAUAUUUGGUUUGGUGGUAUAGUAUUCAUUACCAUGAUAUUAUACAUAGUAUUAACUAUAAUGGUAACUGAAUGGCGAACGAAGUUCCAAAGACGUAUGAAUCUUGCUGAUAAUGCUACAAAAGCCAGAAGUGUAGAUUCUCUUCUGAAUUUUGAAACAGUUAAAUAUUAUGGAGCUGAGCAAUAUGAGGUAGAUGCCUUUAGGGAAGCCAUUCUCAAAUUUCAGGAGGAAGAAUUCAAAUCAUCAAUAACGUUGAAUAUUUUGAACACAGUUCAAAAUAUCAUAAUUUGUGGAGGGCUAUUGGCCGGAAGCUUAUUAUGUGUGCAUCUUGUAGUCGACAAGCAUGAACUUCAAGCUGGUGACUAUGUUCUAUUUGCCACUUACAUCAUUCAGUUAUACGUACCUUUGAAUUGGUUCGGAACAUACUAUAGAGCGAUCCAGAAAAACUUUGUGGACAUGGAAAAUAUGUUCGAUCUCUUGAGGGAGGAACAAGAAAUCAUUGACGCUCCUGGUGCUGGGCCAUUGGCGGUCAAAAGGGGUGCAGUCGAGUUCAAUAACGUAACUUUCGGUUACUUACCGGAGAGGCUGAUACUGAAAAACGUCACGUUUUCAGUACCUUCAGGAAAGACUGUCGCUUUGGUAGGUCCUUCCGGUAGUGGUAAAAGUACUAUAAUCAGACUUUUGUUCAGGUUUUACGAUGUUGAAACUGGAUCAAUUGUGAUUGAUGGACAAAACAUUAAAACAAUUACUCAAGAAUCAUUGAGGAGAUCUAUUGGAGUAGUGCCACAAGAUACAGUAUUGUUCAAUAACACGAUCAAAUACAAUAUAAAAUAUGGCCGUUUGACGGCCGACGAUUCGGAAGUGAUAGACGCAGCCGGAGGGGCCGAUAUACACGCGAAAAUCCUUACUUUUCCGGAGGGAUACGACACCCAAGUCGGCGAACGAGGUUUGCGUUUGAGCGGCGGUGAGAAACAAAGGGUGGCGAUAGCCAGAACCCUCCUGAAGGCACCCAAUAUUAUAUUGCUGGACGAGGCCACCAGUGCUCUGGAUACUCAGACUGAAAGGAAUAUACAAGAAUCUCUAGAGAGAAUGUGUACCAACAGGACCACAAUUAUUGUCGCUCAUAGAUUAUCAACAAUCAUCCAUGCUGAUGAGAUUUUAGUUAUUAAAGAUGGAGAAAUCGUAGAGAGGGGGAGGCAUGAACAUCUCAUUGGACACGAAGGUGUUUACGCGAAUAUGUGGAGGCAACAAUUAGAAAGUAAAGAUGCACCUUCCUCGGCAGAAAACAGCUUGGAAAAAAGUUCCACCUAG